AUCCAUACCGCGACGAAGAAUGGGUGGACAGCAUUGCAUACGGCAUCAAGGAGUGGCCAUCUGGAGGUCGUCAAGUUUCUCUACGAGCAUGGAGCCGACACCGAUAUCUAUACCGCGACGAAGAAUGGGUGGACAGCAUUGCAUGCGGCAUCUAGCAAUGGCCAUCUAGAGGUGGUCAAGUUUCUCUACGAACAUGGAGCCGACGCCGAUAUCCAUACCGCGACGAAGGAUGGGUGGACACCACUAAAUACGGCAUCUAACAAUGGCCAUCUGGAGGUGGUCAAGUUUCUCUACGAGCACGGGGCUGACGCUGAUAUCCAUACCGCGACGAAGAAUAGGUGGACACUACUUUAUGCGGCUUCUAAGCAUAGCCAUCUAGAGGUCGUUAAGUUUCUCAUACAG